AUGAGGAGAUGGGUCCACCACGGCGUAGGAGCUCACCGUCGAGGAGCACAUCGAGCAGAAGGAGGAGGGCCGCAAGAACAAGAAACUGUUCUUAUCGUUGACGAUGAAGAAGCAGACGAGGAGGAGAAGGAAGAAGAGCUCGCCGGCAGAUCCGAAGCCGGCCGCUCCCCCAAAGACGACGCCGAGCAGAAGGUAGUGGCCAUGCUGACGGAGGCCUUCUCUUCGGUCUUAGUCGAUGACGCCGUUUCGGCCUUUCGCGAAGCCAAAGGCCACCCGAACAAGGGCGCCGAGAUUUUGGUCCAGUCUCUGGUAGACACCUCAGACGAGCCAUUCACGAGCUUCACGUUGAGCGGCGUUUCCAGUUUUGAUACCGGCUCCGACGAUCAGUUCACGAGUUCCUUGUCCAGCGGCGUGUCCGAAUCUGAUACGGGCUCAACUUCCGGGCCGGGUUCGUCCGAGGGGUUUGAGUUGGGUUGUGUUCAGAAUUUAGUGAGCGAGAGGGGUUUUAGGAAUAAGCAGAAGAGGGUGGUUGCGUCGGCCGGAACGGUUUUGAAUGUGUUGGGCAAAGAGAAUGUGAGGUCGAGGAUGACGAAGCUCAGUGGUUCAAAAAAUGGAGAUGCUAGUGGGGAAGAGGAAGCUAAACAGUUUCUUUGUUCAAUGAUUGGAGAUGACUCUGAGCUCAACUUGGCUGUUGUUAGAGAUGUGCUUUGUAAGUGGCCAUUGUUUUUAUAG